AGAUCCUGCAGCUAAUCACAGCUGGAAGUGAAUACUAUUACAGAGACUAAGUCUGAGAGUCUGAGAGUCGUCUCGGCCACGUGGUGUAUAGUUCUCCGAUAUGUAGAGAUGGAGUAAUCAUCCUGGAUGGCGUCUGUGCGUGGUGUGUGUGCCCUAGGCAGUGUAUCCCUGUUGUGGAAUACGUACAAUGGCUUCAUCGGGGAGAGGGAGAGAGAGAGGUCGAUGUGAAGAGAAGUGAUGGAAGUGAUGGAAGAGAAAGACACACGUCACUCCAUCACUCAUCAUGACAUCCAUAUCCACCUCCAGUAGAGUCAGAAUAACAACAACAUCAACAACAUCAAAAUGUCCAAAGAAUCACCCAUUACGGCCUUUGGCUGGCAUGAAGUGCCACGCAAUCGCUCCAAUAUCCCAUCUGCAGCCGAAGCAAACACCAUCCCAACCGAACUCACCUUCGACACCAUCUGGCCCCAGACUAAACUCGUCCAACAAGCACAAGCACACGUCAAAGCUCUCUUACCGCAAGAGACGUAUAACCACAGUCUCCGCGUAUAUAGCUACGGCCACACCAUCGUUACCCAACACUUCCCCUCCUGGCUGCAUCAAACCUCUCCCGACCUCUUCUUCGAAACCUGGGCCCUGACAUGUCUCUUCCACGACAUCGGCACCACCCCCGCAAACCGCACUUCCACCCAUCUCUCCUUCGAAUUCCAAGGUGGCUUCAUCGCUCUGCAAGAAUUACAAAAAUUCCACGCACCCCAAUCGCAAGCCGAAAGUGUCUGUGAAGCCAUCAUUCGCCACCAAGAUCCCGGUGAGACGGGAACGAUUUCGAGAAUGGGCCAGUUGGUGCAAAUCGCUACCGAGCUGGAUAAUAUGGGCUGGCAGGCGUAUUUGGUGCAUCCACGUGUGAUAGAGCAAGUGGUUCGGCAGUAUCCGAGAUUGAAGUGGUCGGCGUGUUUCUCCCAGGCGAUUCAGGCCGAGUUGGAUGCGAAGCCGUGGUGUCAUACGACUGCGAUUCCCGGGUUUAAAGAGGCUGUUGCUAAUAAUGAAGUUAUGAAAUCUUAUGAUUAAUGUAGAUUAGAUUAGUUACUUGGAUGUCACAUACCGUACGCAGUGAAAAGAAAAAGAAGAAAGAAAGAAAACCAGUCCUCAAUCCAACCAUCACCAACCCCCAGCUCCCUCGCCGAGACUCUUGAAGCUAAGGUACAUGUAGGCAGUGACUUCUACACAGCAUAAUCCACCAACUUCAUCCUCUUCAACAACCCCUCCCAUCCACCGC